UUGUUUAUGUUGUCAAUGCAGAUUGCAAUUGUUUAAUAUUUUAUGGUUAAAUAUUUUAAGAAUGAAGUAAUAAAAAGCCCUAAGAUAAGUAUAUGCCAACCACAGCUAGUAAUUAGAAACCUGAAUUUUAUUGCUUAUAAAAUAAAUAAUAUAUUAAUUGAAGACGCAAUUAUAAUGUCUACUUUAUGUGUAAGACUUCCAUACAAGUUUGCUCAAGAAAAACUUUUUUAUAAGUUAAAAUCGAUGAUUAGAGAGCACUUCAUUAUCUUGUGCACGGUUAAGAAAAAAAGUGUAGUAGAGUGUUAUAUAAAUUUAAAUCCAAGACUGAAUCCUAAAAAGAUGUGCGAUAAAAUGAACAAGAGUGGGCAACAUGGAGUAUUUGCGUUUGUACCUGACAUUCUUCCUAAUUAUGUCAAAAGAAUGCUAAUGCAUAAAUCUACACCAAAAGUUGUUUCGAAGCCUAAUACAAUGGGAAUUCACCUUUCAAAAGAUCAGAUGCUGCUAUGUGCCCUUGAUGAAAUAGUCAAAGAGCUGUUGUUCAAAUAUACUGGAUUAUUGAAACUCAGUAGAGGCAUCAAUCAUAUGUUAAUGGAUACACUGUGUAUGAAAAUAGUUGACCGGUUGAAGCAAGUUGUAGAGACGUCAAAUGCAUUGAAGGACCCGUUCCAGCUGACCAGCGCGUACCGGAAGGCUCACCCGCACUUCACUGACUUCCAGUUCAUACUGUCCAACCUUCACAUGCUGGAACACUCCAGUGGCUUGGCCCGCUCUCAGCUCAGCGAGAAGGAUCUGAGCACGUUGAGUGUACAACCUUACGUGAUCGGCGACAUUCCGUGUGAGCUAGCCCGUAGUGCCUGCAAGAUGUACUCCGAACGAAUUAUUCAAAAGGUAAAGGAACAUAUAAAUAAUUUGAAAACAGAGGUAACAGAAGCUAAAAGUGAAGAGGACAAGGCCAGGAUCAAAGUGAGGCAGGAACUGAAGAAUCUGUCGCCCUACAUGGACACGAUCGUGAACGAAGUAGUUUCUAAGCACUUCAAACCCAAGCUGCGUGAUUUAUAUACAGUUCGGGUGUACGGGGAGCCGUUCCUACCGACUCAACUUGUACUAAGUCCAGUGUUCAGAGAUAUUAAACCGGUGUCACAAAAGAGGUCGAAGAAAAUGUUCAAUUUACUGACGUUUAAGGCACGCCUCGAAGAUCUGAACAAAGCUAUGAGUCUCGACGGAACUGUAGUUGAAAACAAUUGCAAGUUAAUAGUGCGCCCUGGUAAUGUACCCUUGUACAAGAUGCGAGAUGAAAUCAAAGAAUACUUGCUGUAUCGUAAAGAGACCAAGAAAGAGCCAGAAGAAAAGGAGAACCCGGACAAUAUUAAUAUUGAGCCCGAUGAAAAUUGGGAGGAGUGGUAGUUUACCACAGAUAAUGUUGAAAUAACCUCUGAUUGAUUCACAGAUUAAAAAUAAGACUUAUAUUUAAAA